AUGUUGAUCAAAAAACGAUACAAUAGCCAAAUGGGAGGCUUUGCUUUGACCACACUGGCUUGGAUUAUUUGCUGUAUCUCCAUAGGCUUACCUCAGUGGCGAGUGUGGCACUUCCAAGACCCUGAGGUCUUUAAGCCUACUACAGCAUUUGUUGGCAUGUGGAGAGUCUGUACUUUCCAGCAUAAUGACAACUUUAGCAACAUCAGAAUAUGUCACCGAUACAACUACCAUGAUACCUUCAUUCCUUUGGAUAUCCGAGUGACCCAACAAUUGCUACUGGUUGCUAGUUUUCUUGGACUGGUUGGGAAAGCCACCACCAUUAUUUCCCUUUGGAAUGUGUGCGGAGGAAGAGUACGUACAAAUGCCACUUACAAUCCAUUUGGUCUAUCUGGAAUUCUGAACAUCAUUGCUAGCAGUUUUCUUUGCCUUGCCGUAUUGUUUAACUAUAUAUCCAUCAUACUACAGGAGGGAAUAGUAUUCCCACCAUCUUUUAAUGUGCCUUCCCAGCCAGACACACAGGAAAUUGGAAGUGCCAUGGCCUUGGCAAUUAUAGCUGCAGUUUUCUUUCUAUUAAGUGGUACAAUUUUGCUUACUUCAACUUUUCCUAGAGAAAAGCCAGUGCGUUCUAAAUAUUAA